UAUGGAGGCCCAACACACACAGCAUUGUGCUAUGCUAAGCCAGUGCUAAGUGCCACUGAAAUUGACAGUGUGUUCAAGAUUAGGGCGUUUAGAGUUCCCUGGGUCUCCAACAUGAGGAUGAUCAUGGAGGCUGAAAAAGCUUCAUAGUAAAUUGUGUACAAAAUUAAUGACAUGACCUCAAAGGCUAUUGAGGGCAGGCAGGCUUUGGCUAAAAGGAGAUCCAAGCAGGACCUGAUUCCUCUGCCUAUUGGAAUGUAUGUCAAAGUGCUUGGCAUCCUCCAGGCCUCCAAGGGAACCAGAUGGCUCAAGAUCUUGAGCAUCUGCAUCCUGGAAGACAUGAACAAGCUCGCACACACCCUGGAGAUUGUAGAUGGCCAUUCAAUGCUGUAUCAAAGCCGUGCAGGCACAGCCACAGAAAGCCUGUCCACAGCCCAGGCCUGAGUCUGAAUGGUAGCCGCCAGGGUUUCCAGGGUGUCUGCUCUUAACUUCAUCCAUGUGGAAGUUCUGCAUCUGAUUGGAGAGUGCCCUCACCAGGUGGGAAAGGCUAUCACCUAGAUUCAAACAGAGCUUCUUAGAGUUACAGAUGAUGCCAUCACACAAGUCAUCGAGCAUCUGAAUAGGAAAAAAGAACUGACUUUGUAG